UUCAAUAAUGAACCCAAUUUCAACCACACAUAUGAGCAUUAAGUGUGUUCACAGUCCAUAAAUGCAUCUGCCAGUUUGCUGCAUUUCAUCCCUCCAUUUCCAUCUCCGUCAAGUCGCCGCCCAUCCAAACGGCGGCUUAAAAAUAGUCGCCGCCGUCCUCCUCCGCACAAAAGCUUUUUUUUCUUUUCUUAUGGUCCCAACUCCCAACUAAUUCAGAAAGGAGACAAGCGUUUUUUUGUUUUUGUUUGGAUUUUGCUCAGAAAGUGUGGAAGCUUUAUCAUUACGGCCGGGCCUUGCGGGGUAUAAUGCGAUCACUGAUCCCUAGAAGAACAAAGUGAUGUCUGCAAUUAUAUAUUUUAUCAUUUUCCAUUUGUUUACUCUUCACCUGCAAUUUUGCGGUGUUGUUUCUCUGAAUUCCGACGGUCUCUCCUUGCUGUCUCUCAAAUCCGCCGUGGACGGCGGCGGCAGGGCGUUUUCCGACUGGAACGAGAACGAUGAUACGCCGUGCCGCUGGACUGGCAUCGCUUGCACGAAUGUAUCCGGCUCUGCGGAGCCACGUGUCGUCGGAAUCGCGCUCUCAGGGAAGAAUCUCAGAGGGUAUAUUCCGUCGGAGCUCGGAACUUUAGUGUAUCUCCGACGACUCAAUCUUCACGGUAAUAAUCUCUAUGGCUCUAUACCGGAGCCUCUGUUCAAUGGAACCUCACUGCACAGCAUUUUUCUCUACGAUAACAACAUUUCCGGGCCACUCCCGGCUUCUAUUUGCAAUCCUCCUCGGCUUCAGAACCUGGAUGUAUCGAACAACUCGCUUUCAGGUUCGCUCUUAAAGAACCUCCGGAAUUGUCGGCAGUUACGGAGGCUAAUUCUGGCGAAGAACAAGUUCUCCGGCGAGAUUCCGGCGGGGGUUUUCCCGGAGCUUUCGAAUUUAGAGCAGCUUGAUCUGUCCUCCAAUUCAUUCAACGGCUCAAUUCCAGGAGAUAUAGGUGAAUUGAAAUCUCUGUCCGGAACUCUUAAUUUAUCUUUCAAUCAUUUUAAUGGAAAGAUCCCAAAGUCCUUAGGUGAUUUACCUCUCACAGUUAGUUUUGAUCUUAGGAACAAUAGUCUAAGUGGUGAAAUUCCUCAAACUGGUUCAUUUGCAAAUCAAGGCCCAACUGCAUUUUUGGAUAAUCCAAUGCUAUGUGGAUUUCCUCUAAGAAAGUCUUGUAAAAAUGACUCGGUAAAUGUGUCACCUAGAAAUCAAGGAUUGCCACAAGGAAAUUCGAGAACUAAUAAUCCCCAAGAAGGGCUUAAACCAGGUUUCAUUAUAUUAAUAUGUGUAGCAAAUGCAGCUGUAGUGGCAUUCAUAGGACUUGUGCUUGUUUACUUUUAUUGGAAAAAGAAAGAUUCUGGUGGGUGUAGUUGUGCUGGUAAAGGGAAGCUUGGAGGAAAUGAGAAGAGAAAGUCAUGUGGUAUUAUUCCUUGUGCUGGUGAAUUUCAGAAUAAUGAUUCUGAAGUCGAGUCCGAAAAGGGCACUCCUAGUCCUAGAGGGAGUGGUGGUGAGGGAGACCUUGUGGCUAUUGAUAAGGGGUUUGAUUUUGAGCUUGAUGAGCUACUGAGGGCAUCUGCAUAUGUUUUGGGGAAGAGCGGGUUGGGGAUAGUGUAUAAGGUUGUGGUUGGGAACGGUAUGCCAGUGGCAGUAAGGAGAUUGGGGGAAGGUGGUGAACAGAGGUAUAAGGAGUUUGUGUCUGAGGUUCAAGCAAUUGGAAGGGUGAAGCAUCCUAAUAUUGUGAGGUUGAGGGCUUAUUACUGGGCUCCCGAUGAGAAGCUUCUCAUCACUGAUUUCAUAUCCAAUGGGAGCUUGGCUUCUGCUCUCCAUGGGAGAAAUGGUGAGCCAUUGCCCAGCCUAACCUGGUCAGCUAGACUGAAAAUUGCAAGGGGAACAGCACGGGGCUUGGCCUACCUUCAUGAAUGCAGUCCCAGAAAAUUCAUCCAUGGAGAUAUAAAGCCAUCCAACAUUCUCCUAGAUCAUGACCUUCAACCUUACAUUUCUGAUUUCGGCCUCAACCGGCUGAUCAACAUCACUGGCAACAACCCUCCAUCGUCCGGUGGCCUUAUUGGAGGAGCCCUUCCUUAUUUCAAAUCAGUGCAAGCAGAGGGUACCAACAAGUAUCGAGCGCCAGAGGCUUGGAUCCCGGGUAGCAGACCUACACAGAAGUGGGACGUGUACUCAUUUGGAGUUGUCCUGCUUGAAUUGCUUACUGGGAAAUCUCCAGAGUUUUCGCCCCCGACCACCUCGACCUCCACAGAGGUUCUAGACAUGGUAGGGUGGGUGAGAAGAGGGUUCGAAGAGGAGAAGGCGCUGUCGGAUUUGGUUGAUCCACUGUUGCUUCAAGAAGUGCACGCCAAGAAGGAGGUGUUGGCCGUAUUUCAUGUAGCUCUUGCGUGUACCGAGAGAGACCCAGAGGUUCGACCCAAGAUGAAGACUGUUUCAGAGAAUCUUGAGAGAGCUUGAAAAUUGGCAUUUUUCUGCAGAUGUUAAUAUCAUUGUUUUAGUGAGAUUUUCUGAAAUCGGAGGGAAUAAACUGUAUAUUUUUCUGUGUGAUUCAACGAAUUUCAUUCUUCUUCUUCUUGUUAUUAAUUUGCCAACUUUGUUUAGCAUACAAAUCCUUACAUCACAUUACCAGAGCGUUGGAAUUCUAACA